CGGAUCAGCAGACACGCACACGAAGCACAGACACGCACAAAGUUUGCUUCUUCUCCGUUUCGCAAACACUUGUUUAUCUUGCUCUUUUUCUCUUCUUCUUUUUUUGCUUCUCCUUCUUUCAAAACUGCAUUCCACGUACACCAGAGCCACUAUGACAGCCGGUGAUUCCAAAGUACCAAAAGCCGUGAUCGACGCCCAUGUCCAUUUCUGGGAUCCAAAACGAGUGCAUAUCCCAUGGCUCGUAAACGCACCCCACUUUAACGAAGAGCGCACGAAUGAACGCUAUUCGGCCGAGAUUCAUGCGCACACGCAGGUCAAGGCGGCGGUCUUUGUAGAGGUGGACGCAGAUCCAGCCCACGGACUCGUGGAAGCCGAAUGGAUAACCAAGUAUGCAAAGCAAUUCAAGCCCGCAUCAGCCCAAUUCGGUGGUAUUCAAGCCAUCGUCGCCUAUGCACCGGUCCAACAAGGCGCACAGGCCAUCCAUCCGUACCUUCAACUACUCAAACAACUCACCGACGAAAAGCUGCGCGGUGUGCGAUAUCUGAUUCAAGACCCGUCUCUGGAUCCAGAACGUGUAGCAUCCCCGGCAUUUGUCAGCGGGGUACGAGCACUGGCAGACUAUGAUCUGAGCUUUGACCUCAACAUCAACUGUCAUGCAGCACCCGCACAGUUCCCGCCGCUGAUCUCGCUCGUGCGACAAUGUCCGGAGGUGACAUUCAUCCUAGACCACAUGGCCAAGCCUCCCUGCAAUGUGAGCAGUCCCGCAGACCCGGCAUUCAAGUUUUGGCAGCAGAAUAUGCAGGCAUUGGCCGCGUUCCCAAACGUGUCGUGCAAAGUAUCCGGACUGGUGACUGAGACACAGACGUGGACGGCAGCACAGCUCAGGCCAUUUGUCCAGGUGGCAAGGAACACUUUUGGAAUAGAUCGACUGUUGUUUGGCGGUGACUGGCCGAUCUGCGAGAACGCGGUGCGGUGGCGUACCUGGCUGGAGGUAUUGAGUGAAGUGGUAGAGGACUGGUCGGAAGAAGAUAAGGACAAGCUGUUUGUGAGCAACGCAGCGCGUGUCUAUCGUCUGUAACAACUGUUAUCAUGAUGCAUCGCACACUAUAAAGACGCACAUACUAUACAUGAUUUUUUCAUCACCCGCAUUUUGCUUUUCCUUCUUUGUCCGUGUUCCUUUUGUGGCUUCUUUAUAUAAAUUUGAGAAUCA